AUGUCUGUAAUUCGGCCUGUAAUUCCUGAAAAUAAAGAAAUACUUGAAUGGUGUUCGGAUUUUAGCAAACUCGAAACUUAUUUCGAUAAAGUGCCCUUGGAUAGACAACAGGAAGUCGGUGGUCAGAAGCUUAAAUCUUUGCUUAGUGAAACUGAAUUUCCUGGUCCUGUCCCAUUAUCUUCGAAUAAUCCCAUUACUUUCUCAUUAUCCACUCACCAAUUUCAGUCAGUACGAGUCGCGUGCAGGAUUAUACAAAAAACACGAUUGUAUUUACAGCAUAUUGAACAAAAUGUACCUAUUAAUAUACAACCCGCAGUUUUUCACGCUUUGAUUUCACUUGGAAACCAUUCUUACAAUAAAGAUCCACGUCAUGAUCCUAUAGUUUUAUUCAAUCGAUGGAUAAUAAGAUCAAAGUAUAAUGAUGUCAACUUUGGUUUUGAAUUUGAUCCGGAUGAAAAAUCUGCAACGGUGUUGGAAAAUUUAUAUGAACGAUUGAGUCAAGAUAUUGCUUCAUUUAUCUCAGGGUCUGUAUCGCAGGAUUCUAAUUCACUUUAUGACUCUAUCCACAAAAUAUUUCGCUCUCAGCUGGCUUUUGAGUUAGGAGAAUAUUAUUUCUCCAGGAAUUGUGAGAAAGCUUUCUAUUAUUUAUGUAAAUGUAGACUUGAAGGUCAUUCUUAUGAGCGAACAAAGGAGUAUAAAGCUUUUUGUACAAUAGACCAGGAUCGAUUAUCUGCUUUGAUUAAGGGGACGGGUAUUAUAACUACUUUUCCCCCAUCUGAGCAAAUAAAUUAUUUUAAAGGUGAUUUAGAUUAUGAGGGUGUGUAUAAGGUCUUGCUGAGAUCGCUUGAGAAAAAUGUCUCAUUUACUAUGCCGAUGGAAGAAACGCGCGCUCUCGUUGAUCAAGCUAUUAAGUUUCAUAAAGAAUUCGCAGCAAUCAAGAUCGCAGUUUAUAAUGCCUUAAUUUUACAACUCAAUGCAUCUGUUGAUGAUAUGCUUAAUGAAGUGCCCGUACAGUGUAUUCAAUAUUUUCAUAAUAAUUUUGAUGAGCAGGUAGUAAAGGAUAUCAUUGAACUAGUAAAAACAAUUUAUGGAAACUUUCCUGGAAUAAAAUUAAAUGUGAAUCAAAGAAAAUUUCUUUCUUUAUUUUUCGAAAAACUUGAUAAUGAUAAAGUUUGGGAUGUCAUAAGGAAAAUUGAAGGGAUGGAGUUUGUGCAGUAUCCACUCGAAAAAAUAAUCGAGCCAUUAGUUUUACUAAACUUGCGCUGUAAAUCGACAAAUGGUUUCAAACAUAAGACUAACGGCAACAAAAAAUCUAGACAAAGUCAAGAAACUAGAUUAAAUAUUGUUCAUGAUGAUUUUCAAAUUCCUAAAAGCUUGAAACAUAUUCAGCUUCGACCAUCUCGACCUCCUAAUACAAUUCCGUUGAUAUUUCAACCCUUAAAUCAAUCUUUUCGAAUUGAUCGAAACAUUUCGCAAAAUACUAUUACUUCGAGAUGGAAAGCUGUUGAGGAAUUUAUAAACUCGGCAUAUCAUCAACAAUCUUUAGAUAACUCUAAAUUAGAACAUGUGGAGAGUCUAUGUAAUAAUGCUUUGGAUGAUAUUCUAAGGAUGGAUUUACAAGACUUGGAGGUUGUUGUACGAAUUUUGAUGGAUCAUUCACGAUGGCAAUUUUUGAGUAAAUUAUUUACGAACAUACUAAAAUUGAAAUCCAAGAACGAGUUUAAGCUUGCUUAUUCUACGCAAUACCAUUUCUGCCGAUUUAUGAUUCCGUGUACUUGUAUAUUGAAGUUAUACUCAAAAUAUGCGCAAGGCAUCUAUAAUGUUGAUAAUGAUUAUGAAUCUAUAUAUCAAAAAGAAUUUGAUGCAAUAUUCAGCAUGGACUACAAUGAUAUAAGGAGCUUACGCGCUUCAAUACGCAAAUUGAUUAAAGCUCUCACUCUGUUAGAUAACAAAACUAUGGGACUUUCUCUUAGAAUUUUGACUAGGCUCAAAAACUUGAAAUGGGCACAUCAAGUAAUUGGAUGUUUGAUUGCUGGAUAUUUGUGUAAAAUAAAUCAUUUCAUCGAACAAGAUGACCAUAUAAUCCUCAUUAAUCAACUACUUAAUAGAUAUAACAUGGAAGCAAUUGCGUUGAAAACGUCCUUUUAUACGUUUCUUGAUAAAUUAAAUGAAUUAUGGCCUUUGCAUACGAUAAAGCAAAUGAUUCUAUGUUCUCUUUCUCGCAAAGAACCAAUCGCUGCAGUUGUAUUCCACCAAUUUAUACAACACGAAUUUGGUUGCUUAAAUGAGACGAGGUCUUUGCUCGAUUUGGCGAUAAACGAUGGGACAUUACAAAAAUCCAUUUUUACCAAGUUUAUAUUCGACGUUCAAUCAAAAUGGUUACGGUCACAUUUAGAAGAGCAAGCACCAUCAAUUUUUUCCAAGAGUUAUACUUUUUCUGAAAAUGAUAAGCAAACAAAGUUCAAAAAUUAUAUCAAACAUAAAUCCCAGAAAGAAGUAAUAGGAAUUGAUAUUGAUCCAACACAUCAAGAAAUUGUUAUCGAGGAAUUGAAGCGUCAGUUUAUGCAUACUGUACUUGAAUGGAUUGACGAGGAAAAUGAGCUACCAACACAUAAUUGUCAUGUUGAUUUAUUUAAUUGUUGUAUUCACAGUGCUUUGUAUACUUAG